GUUGAAAAACUGUGUGAAGAAUGUCGAUUUCAACUGAUCACAUACCGCCAAGAGUUGAAACUUUCAUGUCGAUGAAGUUUUUGUGUUUAUAGCAAUUAUAAUCAUAUAUGCUUACGUGUGUAUAUCCGCAUCCUGUUGUAUCGCGCUGUGUUUGGGACCACAUACAAUAUUUUUUAAGAUAGAGAUGUGUCUACUCAGUAACAGUAUUACAUCAAGUACACUCAGUGUGGUGUAAUAGAAACGGGAACGAAGCUGGUCUCUUUUGCAAAAUAUCUGAUUGUGGUUCACAGUGAAGUGAUGUUUGUAGAAAGGUGAUCUUCUUCCUGGUCGGUGAGGUAGUGACACAAUUGCGGUGUAGCCCAGUGUUGUGUUGUUGGUGGCCAGUCUCAGCGUGGCAGCAGGUGGGAGGGAAAAUGUCGCCAAGGGCAAACCAGCAUGGAUGAGUACCACACGUAAACCUUUACAGUCUGCCAAAGUAGCUGUAGAUGGAGAGACUACUGCAGUGAACGAAACAUACUCGAUGCACACUGAAGGUGGCGAAGCUACAGCCUGGUGGAAAGUGGACCUACAGACACCUGUACAGUCAGCAGAGGUUAACAUCUACUUCAGAACAGACUAUACGCCUCGACGUAAUGGCCUCAAACUCUACAUCUCUAUGACAAAUUCAUCGGACCCCAAAGAAGGAGAUCUAUGUCACACAGUUAGAGGACGCGCCGACGGUACAUGCAUUCCUGAUGUCCUGAAUGUCACCUGUCCUGGGACCUGGCGCUACCUGACCGUCUACACAGAGACUGAUAAUGAUGGUGGUGGUGCUAUCUUGGACUUCGCUGAAGUACAGGUGUGGGCAUGCUCAUAUGGGUAUUAUGGAGCCACCUGUGACAAGUCCUGUGAUGCACGUUACUGCAAAAUGGACUCCUUCUGUAAUGUAACACAUGGGCAGUGUGUCGGUGGAUGUGUGACUGGAUAUCAUGGUACAGACUGUAGUCAAGCCUGCGACCCAGGAAUGUACGGAGAAGGAUGUAGCAAGACCUGCUGCAACCGUCACUGUAAGACGUCAUCGGGCACAUGUGAUCACGUGACUGGAAUGUGUCCAGACGGCUGCGUCAGUGGUUUUACUGGAGAUGGCUGUUUACAAAAUUGUCCAGAUGGCUAUUAUGGAACUAAUUGUUCCCUGAGAUGUGCAGACAGGCAUUGUAGCAGCACCUCCUGUCCCGCUGAUGGGUCCUGUGACGCUGAGUGUGAGGCGGGAUGGACACUGCCGAGUUGCACACAAGAGUGCCUCAGGGGAAAGUAUGGCGUCAACUGUGACUCUGUCUGUGGCCACUGUGCUGAUAACAUCACAUGUCAUCACAUCACUGGAACCUGUCCGGGUGGAUGUCAGGCAGGGUGGCAACCCCCCCUGUGUCAGACAGGUUGUGACAAUGGGACAUUCGGGUUGAACUGUGAGAGUGACUGCGGCAAGUGUAACGGGACGUGUGAUGUUGUUGAUGGACGAUGUCCCUGGGGAUGUACCGAGGGGUACAAUGGCUCUCACUGCUCUGUAAAGCUUUCUCCUAUGAAUACAAUGCAGUCAUCAGAUGUUUUGGUACCAGCCGUGUCAGGAACAGUUGUAGGGUUGCUGGUGGUUGCCAUAGUUGUUGUUGUUGUUGUUGUGAUUCUUGUGGGCAGGAGGAGACGGAGGUUUCAAGUUAGCGAUGUGACCAAACACUCUGCACACUUCCGCCCUGAAGGUUGGAGCACUGAAAGGAUUGUUGAAACUCCUAUAGAAAAUAAGAAUGGCGCUUUGGCAAACGUAGUUCUGGAUGAGAACAGAACAGGCCACCAGAAGCCACCUAUAAAACCCAAACCUGCCCCACAAGCUGCAUCCAGCACACAGCUGAGUUCCGAAGACGAAGGCCACGAGGAAGAAGAUUUGGACGAGGAAGUUCAGCCUCCUGACAGUUGUUACUACAACGCAGAAGCCGAAGACACCAUCAGAGACGUUGCUGUGCCUGAACUUGCUGCAACUGUGGCGAUGCUUAAACAGAGGAAAGAUGGGUUUGGAAGAGAAUAUAACCGACUUGUGACUGGAUUCACAGCCACAUACCAAGACUCCCAGAGACCCGAGAACAGUGGAAAAAACAGGUUCAGAGGCUACUACCCCUACGACCAUAACCGUAUCCGCCUGACCCCGCUCCCAGACACUCCUGGGUCGGACUACAUCAACGCCAGUCUCAUGUACAGUUACAACCAGGCGAAGACUUACAUAGCAGCUCAAGCUCCCAACAAGAACACAGUAGGAGACUUCUGGAGGAUGAUUUGGGAACAUUCCUGCAGCGCUGUGGUCAUGCUGACUGGUCUGGUGGAGGAGGCGAAGGUCAAAUGUGAGCAGUAUUGGCCUAACGCUGGUGUAAUGAACACUGAUCACUUCAAAGUUGAGGUGGAUGUAACCCAAGUCCGUGCGAGCUUUACAACGAGACACAUGAAAGUCACUUCCAAGACAACUGGAGAGAAUUGGUCAGUCAUCCAGUUCCACUUCACGUCAUGGCCUGACCACGGUGUACCUGACACACUCGCUCUCGUCCACUACAUCUGGUUGGUCAGACAGACAGUUGCAGAGAGGGCUGGACCACUGCUCGUUCACUGCAGUGCGGGUAUUGGGCGUACUGGCACAUACAUCGCCGUGGAUUCCCUGAUAGACCAGGCCCGUGAGGAGGGGGUGGUGGAUGUCCUGGGGUACGUGACAGUCAUGAGGGGGCAGAGGAAGAACAUGAUCCAGACUGCGGCCCAGUACGAAUGUGUCUUCCACUGUCUGGUGGAGAUGACGACAUUCGGCUGCACCAGCAUCGACGUCUCCAGUUUCACCACCAGCUACAGCAACAGCGGCAUGGACACCACGGUUGACGGACGUACUCUCAAACAGUUGUCUCAGAUGCUGUUGUCUGAAACUCAAGAUGAUGCUCCCAACAAACGCAGAAUGUGGGUGGAUGGUAACUCUGAAUUCAUUGUGCAUGUUGGACCGACUCUGACGUGUAUGAGGGGGUUCCUGCAAGCCGUUGCCCCACCCUCUCGACUGGUGAAGUUGUUGUGGAAACUGGUAGAAGAGAACAACGUCCACAACAUCAUCGUCACGCCAAAUCUUGGCUUAGCUGAAGCAGAGGGCAGGUCCAAGACGCACGGGGGGAUCACUGUGACGACAACGAGUCACAGCAACCUGGCAGCAGACCUCUCCAUGAUGAACCUACAGCUUGCUACAAAAGGAGGCAGUCCACGGAGGGUGAAGAUGGUCAACGCUGAUGCCCAACUGACCAUGGAAACUGUGACAUCGCAUUUGUUAAACCACGUGGACCUGCAAGACAUCUCAACUCAGACCACCCCUGUUGUUGUUGUUCACAGCAAAAAAACACGGAAAACUUGCUGUCUCGCUCUGCAUCAUGGGUAAUAUUCUGUCUGGUAUUCGUGAAGACACCCGUGUUGACGUCAUCGGUCACGUGAGGAUGUUCCUACGAUGUUGCCCUGAGCUACAGUUCACCCAGAGUGAUGUGCAGAUGUUUCAUGAACGCACAAUGCCAUUUACAAGGUGGACAAUUCUAACAUAUGUUAUAAUAGGGAUUGUUGUUCCCGCAACGUGACGACACUUUAACUUGUCAAUUACACUUAAUCACAAACUCGCAAGCUUACGUUGUCUACAUGUAUAUAUACAGCACCUCAAACAUAUAUGAAUAGGAAUCUCACUUAAUUAUUGCUUCUGAAUAAGCCAUGACGAUAUCAUUUGCUCAUCAUUCCAAAAUACCCUUACUGCACUCUUACAAUGUUGAUAUUGACUUGAUAAUAGUUUAUUGAUGUAUAUUAUACCAUUGCAAUGUGUUCACCAUCCAGUCAUCUAAAACGAGAACGUAUUUGAUCAUCAGUUCGGUCACAUAAAGAAUUCAGGUGCUCUU